CCCGGGACCCCCCGGGACCCGCCGGGAUCCGCCGGGAUCCGCCGGGAAUCCACCGGGAAACGCCGGGAAACGCCGGGAACCCGCCGCGACCCCCCGCGACCCCCGAACCAGGAUGGACCGGAUGACGGAGGACGCGCUGCGCCUGAACCUGCUCAAGCGGAGCCUGGAGCCGCCGGAGGAGCGCGAGGACGUCCUGGCCAAGCGGCUCAAGAUGGAGGGGCACGAGGCCAUGGAGAGGCUGAAGAUGCUGGCGCUGCUCAAGCGCAAGGACCUGGCGGGGCUGGAGGUGCCCCACGAGCUCCCGGUGAAGCCGGACGGGAUCAAGGGAUACGAGGAGAAGCUCAACGGGAGCCUGCGGCCCCACGGGGACGGGCGGAGCGCGGCUCGGCCGGGCAAGGAGAACAUCAACGACGAGCCCGUGGAUAUGAGCGCCAGGAGGAGUGAGCAGGACCGGGGCCGCCUGACCCCGUCCCCGGACAUCAUCGUCCUGUCGGACAACGAGGCCUCCAGCCCCCGCUCCAGCUCCCGCAUGGAGGAGCGGCUCAAGGCGGCCAACCUGGAGAUGUUCAAGGGGAAGAGCCUGGAGGAGCGGCAGCAGCUGAUCAAGCAGCUCCGGGACGAGCUGCGGCUGGAGGAGGCCCGGCUGGUGCUCCUCAAGAAGCUGCGGCAGAGCCAGCUCCAGAAGGAGAACGUGGUGCAGAAGACCCCCGUGGUCCAGAACGCCGCGUCCAUCGUGCAGCCGUCCCCCGGCCACGUGGGGCAGCAGGGCCUGUCCAAGAUCCCCUCCCGGCCCGGAGCCCAGGGGGUGGAGCCGCAGAAUUUGAGGACAUUGCAGGGCCACAGCGUGAUCCGCUCGGCCGCCAGCUCGGCGCUGCCCCACAUGUUGAUGUCCCAGCGCGUCAUCGCCCCCAGCCCCGCCCAGCUCCAGGGCCAGCGCGGGCCCCAGAAACCCGGCCUGGUCCGCAGCUCCACGCCCGGGAUGAGCCCCGCCAUCAACUACCAACCGCAAUCCGGCUCCUCGGUGCCGUGCCAGCGCUCGUCGUCCUCCGCCAUCUACAUGAACCUCGCGUCCCACAUGCAGCCGGGCUCGGUGGCCCGCGUGUCCUCCCCUCUCCCCAGCCCCAGCGCGCUCUCCGACGCCGCCAAUUCCCAGGCGGCCGCCAAGCUGGCGCUGCGGAAGCAGCUGGAGAAGACGCUGCUGGAGAUUCCGCCCCCGAAGCCGCCGGCGCCGCUCCUGCACUUCCUGCCCAGCGCGGCCAACAGCGAGUUCAUCUACAUGGUGGGGCUGGAGGAGGUGGUGCAGAGCGUCAUCGACAGCCAAGGGAAGAGCGCGCCGGCGGUGCCGCGCGUGGAGCCGUUCGUGUGCGCGCAGUGCCGCACGGAUUUCACGCCGCACUGGAAGCAGGAGAAGGGCGGGCGGAUCCUGUGCGAGCAGUGCCAGACCUCCAACCAGAAGAAGGCGCUCAAGGCCGAGCACACGAAUCGCCUCAAGAACGCCUUCGUCAAGGCCCUGCAGCAGGAGCAGGAGAUCGAGCAGCGGCUGCAGCAGCAGGCUGCCCUGUCCCCCACGGCCGCGCCCGCCGUGCCCAGCGUCGGCAAACAGGACGGGAUCCUGCGGCACCACACGCUCCGGCAGGCCCCGCAGCCCCAGAGCAGCCUCCAGCGCGGAAUUCCCACCUCCGCACGCUCCAUGCUCUCCAACUUCGCCCAGGCCCCGCAGCUCUCCGUGGCCGGAGGGCUCCUGGGAAUGCCAGGAGUGAACAUCGCGUACCUGAACGCCGGCAUCGGGGGCCACAAAGCGUCGAGCCUGGCGGACCGGCAGCGGGAAUACCUGCUGGAUAUGAUCCCGCCCCGCUCCAUAUCCCAGUCCAUCAGCGGACAGAAAUAGCCCCGGCUGCCUCCCGCCGGGCCCGGCCGAGCGCCCGGGGAAACCACAACAGACAAAACAAACAUUUCAAACGGCGACCCGGCCCGUUCCCAGCCCGGACCCUCCGGUUCUCCGGGCCCGGAGCCGCUCCCCGCGCGGCCGGAGCAGCCCCGGCCCCGCCGCUCGUUUUGUAACCGCCGCUUUCUCCUUGUCUCGUGGGUUGUUUUUUGCCCCUUUUUGCCUUCUUUUUCCCGCCUCCCUUCGCUCCAUGGAUGGUUAAAGCUUUUUUCUCCCUUUUCCAGAGACUUUGGCAAGGGCACCUUCCCCAGUUCCCCGGGGGGAGAUUUGGGGGGCAGCCUGUGCUGAUUGCGGGGGGAACCGGGGGCGCCUGGGGGGAGGAAGGCUCCGAUCCCGGGGGGACAAAUCCCCUUCAGAUCUGAUCCCAGAGUGUCACCUGGCCCUGAUCCCGGGGUGUCACCUCCCCCUGAUCCCGGGGUGUCACCUCCCCCUGAUCCCAGGGUGUCACCUCCCCCUGAUCCCAGAGUGUCACCUGGCCCUGAUCCCAGAGUGUCACCUCCCCCUGAUCCCAGAGUGUCACCUGGCCCUGAUCCUGGGGUGUCACCUGGCCCUGAUCCCGGGGUGUCACCUCCCCCAGUCCCAGGGUGUCACCUCCCCCUGGCCCCAACCCCGAUGUCCCGCUGCCGAGGGUCCCUCGAGGUGUCCGGACCCCCCCAGGGGUGUCCCCACUGUCCCUGUCCCCGCGGGGGGCACGCGGUGGCUCCGGAGCCGACAGCGGAGUGCAGGCACGGCCAGGGCGGGUGAGUGUCCCCGGGUGUCCCCAGGUGUCCCCAGGUGUGUCCCCAGGUGUCCCCAGGAUGUCCCCGGGGUGUCCCCAGGAUGUGCCCAGGUGUCCCCAGUCCCUGCAUGCUCCGGAGCCGCGCUCGCCCCUCCUGUCCCCCGGGGGUGACACCGGGGGUCCCCAGUGGCCCCCAGGGACGGGGCGGGGGUCUCUGUGUGUCCCCCCGGGGGUGACAGGGGCUCUGUCCCCAGGGGUGGCACUGGGGGGGUCUCGGUGUCCCCUGGGGGUGUCGAGGACAACCCAAAGUAAGAAAAUGAGCCGCGAGAAAAGUCUCGAUUUGCACUUCAGCCUCCCCAAAUCCUGCAGCCCCCUCCCCAAAU